AUGAAGUCUCAGCAACAAGGAAAAUUUCCAAGUGAUACAGAAGUCAAUCCAAAGGAGCACUGUAAAGCCAUUGUAUUAAGGAGUGUCAAGCAAGUUGGAGAAAAUGCUUUGGAACAAAUGCCAAAUUACGCAAAAUUUAUGAAGGAAGUGAUGUCAAAGAAGCGAAAAUUGGAGGAAUAUGAAAUAAUAAAAUUGACUAAAGAAUGUAGCGCUAUUCUUCAAAAGAAACUUCCUCAGAAGAGAAAAGAUCCGGGCAGCUUCACUAUUCCAUGCACCAUUGGAAGCUCUUCCUUUGAAAAGGCCCUCUGUAAUUUAGGAGCAAGCAACAACCUAAUGGUGUUAUCAGUAUUCAAGAAGUUAGGCCUCGGGGAAGUCAAGACAACAAUAAUGACUCUACAACUAGCUGAUUGGUUCCUCACUUAUGCAAGAGGCAUUAUUGAAGACGUGUUAGUAAAGGUCGACAAAUUCAUCUUCCCAGCUGAUUUUGUGGUACUGGAUAUGGAAGAAGAUCAGGAAAUCCCACUGAUUUUAGGCAGGCCAUUUUUACCAACUGGAGGACCAUUAAUUGAUGUACAAGGAGGACAUUUGACAUUAAGAGUGAAUCAAGAAGAGGUGAGGUUCAAUAUCUAUCAAGUAAUGAAGUAUUCAGAUGACACUAACACAUACCACAGGAUUGACUUCAUUGAUUCUGCUGUGCGCGAUGAGAAAUUAUAUAUUGAAGAUCCCUUGGAUGUGAAGAUAUUCAAAAAAUCAGAGGUAUCAGAUGAUAAAGAAAGUAGCGAAAGCAGUAAGAUUGAACUGAAGCAAUUACCAGAUCACCUCCGCUAUGCAUUUCUGGGGGACAAUUUUGCAUUUCCAGUGAUCAUUUCUUCAUCACUCACCAGGGACGAAGAGGACAGAUUAUUGAAAGCGUUGAGGGAUCACAAGGCUGCUUUGGGCUAG